AUGUUUACGCUUGCGCUCUCUGCCCAGACAUCAGGGGUUACUGAUAUCCGCCCACAAGAUACCCUCGAAGAUCCAUAUUACUAUACCUUCAUGGUGCAGUGUACGUCUUGCCGUGAAAUACACCCAAACUGGGUGAACAUCAGCCGAUUCGAGACGCAUGAGGUUCCGGGAGGCCGGGGAGAGGCAAACUUCGUCUGGAAAUGCAAGCUCUGCAAGAGGACCCAUUCGGCCAGCAUCACCACCGAGCCAAUGGCGUUUGAUGAGUCAAAGGACUCGAAGGGCAAAGGCCAGAAGAUCAUCGAGUUUGACUGCCGUGGUCUAGAAUUCACGGAGUUCAAGGCAGAUGGGAAAUGGGAGGCCAAAGGCACAGAGUCUGGAACCAAAUUCAGUGACAUCAGCCUGGAGGAGGGUGAAUGGUAUGAUUUCGACGAGAAGCAGGGCGAGGAGGUCAGCAUCACGGAGAUUAGCUGGGAGAUCCGUCGAGCUUGA